UUUAGUUGUCAAAGUCUAGUCCCUCAGCAUACUAACUUUCCCCACAUUGAGCACACAAAAGAACCCUAGCGAAGUUGAAAGUUUACUUGUUACAAUUGCUCCAAAAUGUUGGAAAUGAUCAAUGAAACCAUACCCGAGGUGGACAUGCUCAAGGUGUCCAAAAAUGCAGAGGUGCAGCGACGUGCCAUUUUGGGCUUUGCUCCCCGCAUCGGAUUGACCAUCGUGGAUUAUGGGGAUCUCGACAGGAUCGACAAUUUCUAUCUGGAGUCCCAGAAGUACCGUGACUACUACCGUGAUCCCCACAACAAGCUGCACAAGCCGCUGCGAUUUAGCCUCCACCAAGGAAAGUGUGCCAUUAAGCUGGACACUAGCGUUGAGCAGCUGACCCGUCCGAUCAUAUGGACCACGGAGCGGCAGCCACUGGUCUAUCCCCUGUCGGGCGACACUGCCAUGCAUCUGGGCAUGUCAAUCCCGCCCAUGAUUAGAGGCACCCAUGCCAAGUCGAGCUCCAUAGCCUUCAAGCGCUAGACGGGAGAGACGAAUGCAUAAUCCUUGAAUCCUUUAGGAUGGUGUUUGCUUUUAGCAAUCUAAAUUAUUGUGCAAACCCCUUGUCUUGGCUAUUAAAGAACCAUUCUUUUCUACCCGUA